AUGGCCAACCAAGCAGCCAAAAAGGCUCAGCGUGCCAGUGCGUCACUCAGCACGCGUCUGCAAAAGUGGAUUGUGCCCCUGAACGUCGUGUACCUCCUCUUUCGUUUCCUGUGGCACUACCACUCGGUGACGACGUGGACAGUAGUGGGGUACGCUUUUUUGGCCGUAUCCACGUAUCUCAGCUACUCAUGGGCGGUCAGGGCAGCUGAAGAAGGCGGCAGGAGCGAGUACGCAAUGGACGUGUUGAUCGUCACGCUGUUUGUGCAGAGUGGAGCCAUGUUUUCAGACUACUUUUGGCUCGUGUAUCUCGUCAUUCCGGGCUACUUGCUCUACCACGGGGGCCGCAUGUUGCUCAACUACGUUUUCACGCCGAAUGCAUCCACAGACGAGGAUAAAAACGACCCGGCCGCUCUGAGGAAGAGGGAAAAGGCAGAGCGCAAAGCCGCGCAGCCCAAAUACAAGAACAGCCGUCGAUAG